GGAGAAAAAAGUUUACAAAAUCCAAGAAAUAUGUCCCCCUCCGCUCCUCCGGCCCACUCUCUCUCCUCGCUUUCUCUCUCUAGACUCUAGAGGAUAGGGACCAGACGACAAGGCCGCGCCCUGCCCUCCUCUCCUACUGGCCGGUGGUGGUCUCCCUCCGCUCCCCACACCAACCACUGCGGCCGCCGGCCAUGGCGCUCCGCUGCCCCGCUCCCCGUCUCACUCUCACAUAGCGCCCCGCCGACCGGACCGGGUGCGGUAGCGAGCCCAGAGCGAGGGCGGCCGGGAGGGAGGCCCCCCGUUCCAUCCUCCCCUCAGCUGCUGGAUCCUCCGCCCACCGCCGCGGCCGCUCCUCUCGCGGCCUAGUGGGGCGGAGAGCGGACGGGGAUCUGCCCGUGCGGGCUUCGGCCGGUUCCCCCCUCUGCCGCCGGAUUCUGCUCUCCCAUGCUACAAUAGUACAACAUUGAAGGCUUCAAAAGUCUACAAGAACUAGAUGAUACUUGCAUAAUGCAGCCCUCAGAUAUUUGGAAGGCGCAUGCAGGUUCAUCGCAGUCAGAGGGUUCAGCUCUGGAUAUGGAGAGAAACGGAUGCAAUCAUAAUUGUUGCCCAUCUCCUCUCCAACCAAUCGCCUCAGCUGGUCAGCACUCUGAAAGCAGCGCUGCAUACUUUUCUUGGCCUACAUCUACUCUAAUGCACGGCUCAGCCGAAGGCCGUGCUAAUUACUUUGGGAAUCUACAGAAGGGUGUGCUACCAGGACAUCUUGGUCGCUUGCCAAAGGGGCAGCAAGCCACCACCUUACUUGAUCUAAUGAUUAUAAGAGCAUUCCACAGCAAGAUCCUGCGCCGAUUUAGUCUUGGUACAGCAAUAGGCUUUAGAAUCAGGAAAGGAACAUUAACCGACACACCUGCCAUCCUUGUAUUUGUUGCUCGAAAGGUUCACUGGAAGUGGAACAGCACUACACAAUGUCUUCCAGCUGUCCUUGAGGGACCUGGGGGGGUGUGGUGUGAUGUUGAUGUUGUUGAAUUUUCUUAUUAUGGUGCACCAGCCCCUACACCAAAGGAACAACUGUAUGAUGAGCUUGUUGAUGGAUUGCGUGGUAGCGAUCCUAUCGUAGGCUCAGGUUCACAGGUGGCUAGUCUUGAGACCUAUGGGACUUUGGGUGCCAUUGUGAAGAGUCGAACUGGCAAUAAGCAAGUUGGGUUCCUUACAAAUAGACAUGUUGCAGUUGAUCUGGAUUAUCCUAAUCAGAAGAUGUUCCAUCCACUGCCUCCUAAUCUUGGACCUGGAGUUUACCUUGGUGCUGUUGAGAGAGCAACAUCAUUUAUAACAGAUGAUGUUUGGUAUGGGAUCUAUGCAGGAACAAACCCAGAAACUUUUGUCCGAGCUGAUGGUGCCUUUAUACCUUUUGCUGAUGACUUUGACAUUAGUAGUGUCAGCACUUCGGUUAAAGGAGUUGGAGUCAUUGGUGAUGUGAAGGCAAUUGAUCUGCAGUCCCCAAUUGGCAGUCUCAUCGGGAGACAAGUUGUCAAAGUUGGAAGAAGUUCUGGUCUGACAACAGGGACUGUUGUCGCAUACGCUCUUGAGUACAAUGACGAGAAGGGAAUAUGCUUCUUCACUGACUUUCUUGUCGUCGGGGAGAACCAACAAACAUUUGAUCUUGAAGGGGAUAGUGGAAGCCUCAUAAUCUUAACAGGACAAGAUGGUGAGAAGCCACAGCCUAUAGGGAUUAUAUGGGGUGGUACAGCUAAUCGGGGAAGGUUGAAGCUAAAAAGUGGUCAGGGCCCGGAGAACUGGACAAGUGGAGUUGACCUCGGCCGCCUUCUUGAUCUUCUGGAGCUUGAUCUGAUUACAACAAGUGAAGGGCUACAAGCUGCCCUGGAAGAACAAAGGAUCACUCUAGCUGCUGCUGCUAAUUCAAAUGCCACAGAAUCAUCACCUGUUGCUGGCCCUCAAGAGAAUGAUAAAGUCGACAAGAUCUAUGAGCCUCUUGGCAUCAACAUCCAGCAACUUCCCCGAGACGGUUCUGCCACCUCGACGGACCAACCCAAUGAGAAUGUUGAAGAGCAUCAGUUCAUCCCAAACCUGAUUGGUAUGUCUAAUAUGCGUGAUGGCCAAGAAGGCAACGGUGAAUUGAACAACUUGAUGAUCUUGGAAAAUUCACCUGAUGACAUUUGUAUUGGUCUGCAUCUGGGAGAGCGGGAACCGGAAAGGCUGCGCUCUGAUUCGACGCUGGACAUCGACCUGCAGAAGUGAGGCUGCUAUGGCAGCAGACGUGUAGGAUGCUGCAAUUUAUUCCACCAUCCAGCUUGUAUGGAUCAAUGAAGGGAAUUUGUGACUACAAAGGAAAUAAUCUAUUUCGGAACGACCCGGACCUAUUUCCCUGCUUGGAGCCAGUUUGAGUUCAGCUGUGAAGCUCCUGAAGCUGGUUACUCCUGCAGUUUUUGCAUCUAGCGUCUAGUAUGUAGUAAGUGCGUGCCUCAGUUAGAUCGAGGCGCCUUAUUCCUUGCAUGUAAUUCUGUCAUUUACUGUAUGCUUUGUGUGUGUACAGCACGAAGCAAUGUGAAAUCGAGCAAGGGCAACCAGAGCUUGAGAAGCUUUAAGCUUUAGAAUUGCAACUGCAGCCAGAUGGAUUGCAAUAAAGCUGGAUUUUUUUGGACUAAAUCCUAGAGAUUUGGAUCCUGAAUUUCCUCUAUUCAAGCAGCAGUUUAGCCAUUUUCUGAUCAAAA